UUGUGGUGGCACGAGAAGGUUUAUAUGUGUCGAAAAUCAAUGGAGCUCAGUUAUCGAAUGAUACCUUAUAUCGAGAAUGAUGAACCUAUCAUAACCAAUGUUAUACGCUAUAUAGAAGAUGUAAGCCAUUGCUUCAAGCAGCAAGAUUUGGAUCGUUUUCAAUCAAUAGAAUAUACCGAGUUUUUCUAUACACCCACUAUAAAUACUAUGACAUUCGAUAGAGAAACCAUCAAACGAUUGAUUCAAAUCAUCAUGGCUUUAUUUCUAAAGCAUACAACACACUUCCCGCCUGGUUUAGAAGCAUUAGCCAACACGAUAUCAACAAGUAUCCGUCCAAUCGAACUGUUGUUCAACAUGUGUUGUGCUAAUGAUGAUGAUACAACGCAAUUGCUAGACACUGUACUCACUGUCUAUCAACAAGACAUGUACUGUAUGACGCUUUUACAGCACAUUCAAGUCAAUCCACACUCACUUUUCCUGUUCUUUUUACAACAAUGCGGUUCAACACACGAUAUCUUGAUUGACUCGCUGUUGAAUGAUUCAGACUUCUUGGCUUAUUUCUAUCGUUAUGUUGUCUAUGCACACCAAGACAUUCACCAGUUUUAUGCAGCACUUGUGGUGUUGGAUAUGGUCAAUCCAUUCAGAUGGAUCCUAAGAGACACAGUGCGUGUCUUACAAGGAGACGGAUUCCCAUACAACACAAAACCCUUGAUAAGGCGCUUGUGUAUGUUACAAGAACAAUUGUUAUCUUUA